UCUGACGUCAAACAAAAUGUGACGUCUUUUGUUGUCCUUCAUUCGUUUUCAGUUUCAGCUUUUUUGCUGCUUGUUUUUAAGAAAAAUCAAUGAAAUAGAAGACUCAAAUAAAAUGAUUUGACGAAUAAAAAAACAACCAUAACAUUUAUAACCAUGUCUCAUGAUUUGGAAGUGCCGAAUUUUAGCGACGAUGACGGUGAAAUUCCUAUAUGGCAGGAGCCCCGCAGGGAGCCUCUUGGGGCUCCGAAAGAAAGCCUAUGCGACGAGGAAACCCCUGAACAGGUAUCUGGCGACCGUCUUCAUGCGUUGGAAGAGGAACAGGAGAUUCUUUCCUCCUCCGUUUUUUCUUUAACGUCUCAUCUUGCGCAAGUUGAAUUUCGUUUGCGACAGAUCUUAAAAGCACCCCAGGAAGAAAAAGAUGCCAUGUUAAAGGCUUUAGAGGAGUUCACAUCACGAGGCGUACCAGAUUCUAGAGCUGCGCCGCAAGGGAGCGCCGACGAACCAUCCUGCAGUGAGUGUGUUGAACUGGAACGUAAAAUGCGUAGGCAGCGCACUCGGCAAACGCAUUUUGUUGAAAAACUGAAAACACAAUUAAAAGAACUAGAGAGAUUUGCAGCAGAGAGCCCUGAGACUGGUGGGAAACAACACAGGACACUUAUAGAACAUUUACGAACAGAAAUUGAUCGAAGCUUAGAAGAAGGCUGCCAUCAGCCGUUAAGUGCAGAUGAGUUGAGACAUCAAAUCAACUGUGCUGUGCGACAGUAUGCUGACCGACAACUAUCAAAAGAUGAAAUCAUUGGGAAACUUCAAACACACAUAGAAGACAUGCAGAAAUUCAUAAAUUUAAUGAAAACUGAAGAACUAAAAAGCAACCCAACUAAGACUAAAGCUCCAGAACCAAAAAAAAUUGGAAAGCCUGAAAAUUCCUUUGAUAAAAAUUUCAAUAAAAACAAAAUGAAUGAUGAUCUAAGAGCUGAGACUAUUAAUUUAAUGAGAAAAGCAUCUACUUUGAUACAAAUAUUUACAGUUUCUCAAUUUGGUUGUUCACCAAAUACAAAUAGCAGGAGAUAUGAAAGAAAAUCAUCAACUAUAGUCACACAUUGGGGUAAUCUACGGGCAAAAUUAGAAAUGUCUAUUGAUGGAGUUCUACAUUUAGUGUCUCGUGAUAGACCCUCACAUGCUCUCAUUGACAGCUAUGACAGCGAAUCAGAGGAAGGUGGAGUUAUUAUCAAUGAUGCUCCUUUGACCACAGCUGUAAGAAGACAUUUAGCUGUUAAUCUCAGAGAUUUACUGCAACAUGGCUUGACUGGCCCAGAGUCUACAUCAUUAGUUCCUAUAAUAGGCUGUUUUCCUGUAAGAAGGUCUUCUAUGUCCCGUACAACACACAUUUGGGAAUUAAUAUUACGAUACUAUGAAUUGAAUGAUGGUGAUAGGUUCAAUUCUACACCAGCAAGAAAAUUAAGUCAAAGUUUUAAUUUAGAUAUUGUUGGGGGCACAGCUAUUACAAAUAAGCAGAGUCUACUUAGUGCUAUCGGCAGUAUUUUAGCAUCUCACAUGCCUUAUAAGAGAAGUUAUGAUGCACAUUUUAAGGCUUUUGUGUGUGCAGCUUUGAAUGCACAUAAACUUGUAAUUUGGCUAAAUAUUAUUUUAAAAUGCCGAUCUUUGGUAGAUUCUUAUUAUUCUUCAACUAGCUAUGUGGUCAAUACUGGUUUCCAGGACGCUUUACAAAGCCUGGACCGGUUGACUCCACACAACUUUGACUUGCCCGUUGACUUAGCUGUGAAACAAUUCCAGAACAUAAAAGAUGUAUUUAUGUAGUUACUUUAAUGUGUAAGAGUACACUUUUUUACGUAAUCACUGGUCUAAGACGCCUUCCAUUUUGAGGAUCUUGCUAUACACUUACUUAUUUUGAACUAUGAUAGUCUACUUCUAGUCCAUUAUUAUAUCAAUUAGAUUUAAUUACUAUAGUCAUAGUAUUACUAAAUUGUUGUAAGAAAACAAGUUAUAAAGAUGUAUUAAAGCUCUCUAUAUUACUUAUUGUAUAAAGCUAGUCAGCUACAUAUGGAUGUUACAAAAAUGUUUAAGUUUUAUUUUGAAUAUUUUUUGCUAGUUGUCAUGAUUUCUUUGUAUAAUUUUUUUAUUAAUCUGGUCUAUAUAACAUAGGUAUUGGAGUAGUUUACAAAGGAUUGAAAAUAUUUUUUGUUCUGCAAUCUAGUUUUCAAAGAGUACAAAUAGGCAUAGGUACAACCUAGCUAUUUGAGAGACUUAUAAUUAAUUUUAUUUCAUACAUUCCAUUACAUUCCCAAUUGUUUUAUCUAGGUAUGCAAUAGGAAUUAACAAUGUUUAAGUUUCAAAUUAAAUAUACCAAAAAAUUUACCAAAAAUAUUUAAUAUAAUGUAAAGUGCAUAAAACGCUAAAUAUAAUGUAGUCAAAGCAUUUCA